AUGGCCUUCAGCUUUGGAAACCAAGGAAACACAAUGCCCGGGAGCACGGCUGGAGGCGGAGGACUGAAUCAAGGCCCCGAGCUGGAGGUGAUCCAGACCGAGGCGCUUGGUUUCAAGUCGAUCGCCGGCGACGCAAAACUCAGGCUUACAUCCGCCUGGUCACCGCCCCCCGCCGAUACGGCUUCGCUCAUGAGCAUCGCCCCUCGCCGGGGACUUGUCGCCGCCGCAGGCCCCGAUGGCAUCACGAUCGCCUCGACCGAAUCGGUGCGAAAGGGCUUCGAGCGCGAGAAGGAGGGCGAUGCCGACGUUCGCGCGUUCGAGCCCCAGGGCAAGCUGCCCAUGCCUAUGAGGGUGUCGCAGCUCGCCUUCACCGCCGACGAGAACUACCUGAUCCUCUCUGCUGAGAGCGGGGGCGGGCUCGCCGUCUACGAAGUACAGACCCUGCUCCAGGGCGGCACGAAAGCUGCGUUCGAGCUUGCGACAAACGGCGAGACGCUAAGAGCCCUUAUCCCGAACCCUACGAUCGAGAAGGCAGAACUCUGUGCCAUUGUGACGGAUAACGGCAACCUGCACAUUGCGAAUUUGAAGGAAAGGCAAACCAGCACUUCGCUCAAGACGCAAGUAAGCUGUGUAAGCUGGAGUACGAAGGGAAAACAGCUGGUGGCAGGCUUGGCGGACGGCACUAUCUUCCAGAUGACACCCGAGGGUGAAGCAAAGGGCGAGAUUCCGCGGCCGCCCAAUGUGGCCAACGCUCACGUCUCUUCUCUGAGUUGGUUGGAGAACCACCUGUUUCUCGCUAUUCACACAUCAACUUCCGAGUCACCGCCCACUUCAGUCUAUCACCUUGUCACAAGAAAGCUACCGUCGGACUUUACUUUCCAGAAACUGACCGACCCUGUCGACCCCUUUGGCGCCGAGAAAACUCCUCACCACACAAUACUGAGACUGAAGGACUUCCCUCCGAACCUACAGGACCUCCUGAUUGUGGCGUCUACCGCCUCGCCAGACAUUGGCCUCCUUAGCAGGGCCAAAUCGCCUCUGACAGCCGACCACCCAGUGGAUACCGCCGGUGUCUUUACCACAACAGAAUUGGCCGAUGACUCAAAACGCGCUUCUCUUCCGAUGAAUGACAGCUUCGAGAACACCGUCCCUAUCGGCGCUGCCCUUGACCUCUCAAGCAAAGACAAAGUUUAUAAGCCCCUUCCCGCAGACGAGGAGAUUGAGGACUCUCCUGGUCCGUUGCCAGGCCUCUGGGUACUGAACCACGAGGGCGUGUUAAGCUCAUGGUGGAUCGUGUACGAAGAAUCAAUCAGGCAAGGCACGACCUAUCCUGGCAUGGCCGCACUCGACACUUCUGCGUCUCCAGCAGCAGCGGCGUCAACGGCGUCAACGGCGGCACCGGCCGCGACGCCCGCACCAAGCAAUUCAGCCUUCGGCGCUCCUUCGAGCACAACAGCUUUUGGCUCAACUUCUUCUUUGGGCUCGGCCCAAAAGCCAUCACCCUUUAGCACCAGUGGGUCUAAGAUACCCACAUUUGGCGGUUCUUCAACGCUUGGUACGAAGGCCUCACCCUGGGGCAGUGCGACCAACGCGCCCGCGGCCUCUUCCGGCACCACUUUCGGCAGUGGUGCUUUCGGUGGUAGCUCAGCGACCUCCGGCUCUGCGUUCGGUCGGCCUUCUGCACCGAAGUCAGCAUUUGGCGGCGGCGGCACGUUUGGAAGCCCUUCCGCUUCUUCUUCAGCUCCUGCGUUCGGCCAACCCUCAUCGAUUGGCUUCGGCCAGUCGUCCACCCUCGGCCAAAAGUCGUCGCCAUGGGCAACAGGAGGUACGUCUGGCUCGAAUGCGGCUGCUUUGCCAGCGUUCGGUCAAUCCAGCUUCGCCAGCCUCGGUAGUUCCGCGACCAAGAGCCCCUUUGGCGGUGCGUCUGACUCGACUCCCAAUGCUGCUCCUGCCUCUGGAGGCUUCGCUAGCUUCGCCACAUCUGGCGGCUUUGCUUCGCUUGGCAAUAAGACCAGCGAGGGUGGAAGCGUGUUCGCAAACAAGCCUUCGUCGAGCCCCUUUGGUUCGGGUGCUCUGCCAUCCACGAUAUCAAAAGAUACUGUGUUUCCCCCGCCAAGUUCGAGCGGCCCUGCGACUAGCAACCCAUUCAGCCAGCCGUUCAAGCUGGGAACUACCUUCAAGGCUGACCCCUCUGCGACGGAUGACGGCGGGAAACCCUCUACCCCCGGUGCUAGUGGUUCGUCCCUUUUCGGCGACAACUUCGGCUCGGCGCUCGGCGAUGCCGAGAAGAAGACCCCUCCUAGGGAUCAGGGAAUGGACAUCACGGAAGAGACACCUAAAGCGAAGUCGAUCUUCAGCCUUGGCGAGUCCACUACCCCUACGACAACUCCUGCGCCAUCCAAAUUCGGGUUUUCGUCAGCAACACCCUCAACAUCGGCACCCAAGCCUGGCUUGUUUGGUUUCCCACCACAACCGGCGACUGGGGGGUUGUUUGGCUCCGCAAAACCCGUCGAAAAGACUCCUGACAUCAAGGUCGAGUCUGAACACAAGUCACUAGGCGAUGCUCCUCUGCCCCCCGAAUCCACGAGCAAGAACGAGUACCCUCUAGGCGAAUCCUCCUCUUCCUCGGGCACAGGCAAUGUUCCGUCAGAUGGUGGAAGUAAGGCUUCCCCCAAGGCGGAUAGCGCGCCUCUGCCUGCCGAUUUCCUGUCGACGCCAAAAGCCACAAUAACGAAGGAAACUGCACCUGCACCGCCGCCUUCCGAUUUCCUCAAUUCCCAAAAACGCACUUCUCCAGUCAACGAGGCGCCGCUCCCGCCAGACUUUCUCACACCCAAGCCCGGCAAAUCCGCGGAGUCAACCACGCCUUUCGAGGCGCUGCCAUUGCCAGCGGAUGACUUGGCGUCGUCCGCUGAGCCGGAGCUAGAAAAUCUAAAGUCAACGGCACCGGCCACAGCUCCCGACUUCCUGAAGAUGCCCAAGCAGUCUUUAUCGUCAGCAACGUGGUCUUCUACGCCACAGAGCGUAACGCCUGCAGUCGAUGACGCUCCAUUGCCACCCGAUUUCAUGUCCAAGCCUAGAGAGCGCGACCUGUCCACCAUCCCGACCAUCCCUGAGAAUGAACACGAUAGUGAUCUUCAAGAGGAUGAGGAUGAGGAUGAGGAUGAAGAGGAGAAUGACGGGUCUGAAGGCAGCGGCGUUAUGGUCUCCAAAGACCUCAGCCCAUCCAUGACGGCAAUGACGCCCACAGCCGGCAUGACCCCGCAGAGCUCAUUCGGCGGUGUAAGCAGCAGCACUUACUCUAUUCCGCGCACCGAGGAGGAGAGGCCGCGAGCAUCACUGUUUGGUGAUCUCAGCCGUAACGCUCCCAUGUUCCCUCGGCCUUCGCAAACCAGCCCUCGUUCUCCCAGCCCCGUCCGGGGUGGCGCUGUGCCGGGGCGCAUGCUGCGCCAGGAGUCAGCUCGCUCGGUUAGUGCCCCGGGCAUGGCAUCGCAGAUACUUGCAGCCCAGAAGAAGCAGCCAUCGCAGAUAGGCUCGUCGAUCAUUGGCAACAAGCCUGUUGAAGACCAUUUCAUCUCGCAGCAGAGGCUUGCGCGCCAGAAACGUCAGGCUGAAGAGACUAAGACGCUGGAAGACGAGGAGGACGACGAGAUCCAGAAGAUCCUUGCGUCCAAGAUCGAGCCUUCGCUGAAGCUGGACGACUUCAUCGCGCACUCUAACGUGGUGCCGUCGGCCAAGGAGACAAUCCCGGCCCAGGUUGAAGCUGUGUAUCGUGACAUCAACUCCAUGAUCGAUACCCUUGGUCUAAACGCCCGCUCUCUCGCCAGCUUCCUCAUGGGACACGACAUCGGUUUCAAGGCCGGUGGCCGACGCAAAGAAGACCUUGAGGACCCCGAGAGCUGGGUCCUUUCCGAGAUCGAUGAGCUCAGGGAAGUCAUUGACAGAUCGUUGGCCCAAGAGCUCGAGGGUGGACGUGUUCAUGAUGUUGAGGAGAAGCUUGAGGCUUGUAACGAGCUUGCCCGGGAGAUGUCUCGUCUCCGCUCGAAGCAAGAUGAUCUGAGGAAGAUCAUCAUGGUCAAGGCGGAUCCAGAGCAGGCAGACCUCAGCCGUACACUGCCUCUCAGUACCGAACAAGCAAGCCAGCAAAAUGAGUUGCGCCGCGAGUAUGCCAACUUUACGAAGCUGCUUGCCGAAGCCGAGGAGGCGUUGACGAUUCUAAAAACGAGAAUUGCUGCCGCAAGCAGUGCGUCUGGCAAGGGCAAAUCCAACAUGCCCACCGUCGAGGCCGUUCUGCGGACCAUCAGCAAGAUGACGAGCAUGGUGGAGAAGCGAUCCGGUGACAUUGACGUCCUGGAGAACCAGAUGCGCAAGCUCCGGUUCUCUUCCGUCAAUAGCCGCGAGGGCUCCCCGAUGGUGACGCCUCAGAGAAACAGCCGCUCAGUCAUGUUCUCGCCCGAACGAUCGGCCUUGGCAUCGCCCGGAACCCUGCGUAACUCUUUCGUAUCAUCUGUGGCGUCUUACGGCGGCCGUGGCACGCCGCCCCGCAAGAAGUUGAGCGGGUUCAGUCAGGAGGAGAAGUCAGAUCUGAUGGCAAAACGGGCAAGGCGCCAGGCUGUGCUGAACAAACUGAAGGGCAACGUUGAGCGGACGGGCGUGAGCGUGUGGGCUUUCGAGGAUAUGGAGUGA